AUGGGUAAGAGAAAGGAAGAAAGUAUUUCGAAGCCUGGAUCCCACAAAAGACAGAGACAAGAAUACACAGAUGAACACAGCGAUGAGUCUAAUGAAGAAGAAAAUUCACAGUCAUCAGCUGAUAGUAAUUUCUCUUUGCUGUCGAGUGUAGGGGAAGUUGGGAUAAUUGAAAGUAUCCAGCUGAAGAACUUCAUGUGCCAUUCGAUGUUGGGGCCUUUUCAGUUUGGAUCAAAUCUCAAUUUUGUUGUUGGAAACAAUGGAAGUGGAAAAAGUUCUGUAUUAACUGCUCUUAUUGUUGGACUUGGUGGAAAAGCCACUGCAACUAAUAGAGGUUCCUCGUUAAAAAUGUUUGUACGAGAUGGAGAGACUUCUGCAGAUAUUUCCAUAACAUUGCGAAACCAAGGUCGAGAUGCAUUUAAGCCAGAAGUGUAUGGUGCCUCUAUUAUUGUGAAUCAGCACAUUAAUCUGGAUGGAAGCAGAAGUUAUAGACUGAAAAGCAAAUCUGGGACCUUAAUUUCUUCAAAGAAAGAGGAACUCAUAGGAAUACUGGAUCACUUUAACAUACAGGUAGAUAAUCCUGUGUCUAUUUUAACCCAAGAGAUGAGUAAGCACUUCUUACAGUCUAAGAAUGAAGGUGACAAGUAUAAGUUUUUUAUGAAGGCAACUCAGCUGGAACAAAUGAAAGAAGAUUAUUCAUCUAUUAUGAAAACGAAAGAAAAUACUUGUAUUCAGAUAGAACAAGGAGUACAGCGUCUUGAAGAACUUAAGCUGCUUUAUUGUGAGAAAAAGGAACGUUACAAAAGCAUUGGGUUUGUGAAUGAGAUGCGAAAUCAUCUUGAAGAUUUGAAACAUAAAAUGGCAUGGGCAGUGGUGGGCGAGAUGGAAAAAGAAAUACAGCCAAUCAAAGAAGGCAUCAGAGCUGAAGAAGGAAAUACAGAGAAGUUUGUUCAGAAGCUAGAAGAAUGCCAGGUAAAAGUGAAUGAAGCAGAAGAAAAGUACAAAGCAAUACAAGACAAGUUGAUAACAAUAAAUGAAGAAGCACAAGCCCUGCAUCCUCAGUGUAUCUCUUUGAAGGCUGAUGUGCAGGCAAGAAGAAAAGCAGUCAAUGAAGCUGAGGUACUUUAUAAUCGUUUCAAAACUGAGUUAAAACGUCUGGGAAAAGAUGAUGAACAGCUACAUAAACGAAUUGAAGAACUGAAAAGCAGUGCUAAUCAGGUUUCAGAGCCUGAAAAAUUGGAAAGACAAAGGAAAAUUGCACACUUAAGGGAACAGUUAAAGGCAUUCCAUGAUGAAGAAAUGAUGAUUGGUCAACAGGUGGAUCAGUUUCAGCAGGCUAUUUAUAAGUGUAAGGAAGAACAUGCUAGACUUAGGAGAGAAGAUUGUGAUGUGAAACAAGCACUGGAUGCCAAGCAGAAACAGCUGAGAGAGCUGAAAGAUAGUAAAACAAAUACCUUGAAAAGAUUUGGACAACAUACACCAGCAUUUCUUGAAGCUGUUGAAACAGCCUAUAAGCAAGGGCGCUUUAAACACAAACCUGUUGGACCUUUAGGUGCUUUCAUUCAUCCGAAAGAUGCUGAACUGACCUUGGCUGUUGAAUCUUGUUUAAAGAGCCUAGUUCAGGCAUUUUGCUGUGAUAAUCAUAGUGAUGAAAGAACUCUUCAGCUACUGAUGUCAAAAUACUAUCCACAUGGAUUUAGACCUCAAAUAAUUGUAAAUAAAUUUCAGAAUGAAGUUUAUGAUGUUAGACACAGAGGAGUUCAUCAUCCAGAAUUCCCAUCGGUUCUCACAGCAUUGGAAAUAGAUCAUGCAGUGGUUGCCAAUUGUUUGAUUGAUGUGAGGGGUAUAGAAACAAUCCUGCUGAUUAAAAGUAGCCGUAAAGCUCGUGAAGUAAUGCAGUUUAAUCGGCCCCCAAAAAAUUGUAGAGAAGCUUUCACUGCUGAAGGCGAUCAAGUAUUUGAAAGACGGUAUUACUCUUCUGAUUACCUCAGACCCAAGUUCCUAAGCAGAGAUGUUGAAGCAGAAAUAAGUCACUUGGAGAAAGAAAUUGAAAACAAAAAGUCACAAUUGACAGCAUCUCAGCAACGUUUAUAUUCCAUUGAAAAUGAGAUUAGGCAGAAUGAAGAUCAUCUUCGUGGUCAUCGACAACACCAGAAAGAACUACAGAUAAAAAUAAGAACAACAAAUGCAGAAAUAGCAGAUCUUGAAAAUAUGGAAGAACACCAGUCAGUGGACAUCCGUACAUUAGAAGAUGAAGCUGAAGAAAAUAAGGGUAAGAUGGAAUCUGUAAAAAAAGACAUGCAGCAACAAAGCAAAAAAAUGGAAGAACUGAAAAAUAUCCUCCAGGUGGCUGAAAAAAAAUUUGAAGAAAUGAAAGAAAAAAUUCAUCAAGUAGAAGAAAUUGCUGGUCCAAUUAAG